AAGAAAAAAGAUUUGUAUUGCCGAGUACAUUGUCUUCCCCCCAUCCCACUUCCGGUGCUCUCUCAUACCUCCAUUUCAUAUUUUCACCCACCGCCACUCUCUUUCUCUGUUUUUCGUUUUUCCCAAUCUCGCUCAUGCGAGAAUCUUCAAUCUUUCCACCCCAUUUUUCAUCAUCAGCCACUUCACUAACAUAAUUCACAAAGAAAACCCAAUUCCAGGGCUACAAGAUUUUCAGGAUCUGUUUAUUACCUUUCCUAGAUUUCUAUGUUUCCCAAUUCGGAAACAUGACCUACUGCGAUUGAUUUGAUUUUCAAAACCGAGAAAAACAACAUGUACGAGAUUGAUUGAUAUGAAAGGGGCUCGUUUCUCUCGUCUUUAAUAAUAGGUUGUUAGGGUUAAGUGAUCGUUGUGGGGUUAGAUAUUCAAUUUGAGAUCUGGAUGAUAGAUUUUGAAUUCAAGAUUGGAUAAAGAAAUUAAUCGAGACUAGAUGGAUAUGGAUUAUCAUGGCGAUAUGGGUCGUCUUGACCCCGAAUUGUUACAGCUAAAUGAAGUGUCUUCUUUGGCUAUCAAGUCAAAUUCUUAUGUUGCCGAGAAGCUGUUCGAGCAAUGGCUUUCGCUUCCCGAAACCACUCUCUUGGUGAAGUCUUUGGUAAGCAAGGCUAAAUCAGGGCUUACAUUGAAUGUAUCUGCAGCAAGUUCAAGCCCUAAAUCUGCUUGUAGCAACUCUGUGCCUCCACUUUCACCAAGAAGCUCUUCUGGUUCGCCACGUGUCACAAAACAAAGGGCGGGCCCCUCUGUUUUAGGUUCUCCUUUGAAAGUAGUCAGCGAGCCAGUCAAAGAGUUCAUACCUCAGUUUUAUUUUCAGAAUGGACGCCCACCCCCUAAUGAUUUGAAAGAUAAAUGUUUGACUAGAACCAAUCAGUUCUUUUAUGGUCAUGCUAAUGGAUUAUCAUUGGAUGAAUUUAAGCCUGUUACAAAGGAAAUAUGCAUGCUGCCAUCAUUCUUUUCCUCCACUCUUUUUAAAAAGAUUGAUGUUGCCAGCACUGGCACUGUAACCAGGGAUGCAUUUGUGGAUUAUUGGAUUAAUGGCAACAUGCUGACAAAAGACACUGCAACUCAGAUUUAUACAUUACUAAAGCAGCCUGAUUUGAGAUAUCUAACUCAGGAGGAUUUCAAGCCCAUACUUCGAGAACUUUUGGCAACUCAUCCAGGGUUGGAAUUUUUACAGAGCACACCUGAAUUUCAAGAGAGAUAUGCUGAAACGGUAAUAUACAGAAUUUUUUACUAUGAGAAUAGAGUGGGAAAUGGGCGUCUUACCCUCAGGGAACUGAAGAGAGGAAAAUUAAUUGCUGCAAUGAUGCAUGCUGAUGAAGAAGAGGACAUAAACAAAGUUUUGAGGUUCUUCUCUUAUGAACACUUCUAUGUAAUAUAUUGCAAGUUCUGGGAGCUGGAUACAGAUCAUGAUUUCUUGAUUGAUAAAGAGAACCUUAUCAGAUAUGGCAACCAUGCUUUAACCUACAGGAUUGUUGACCGAAUAUUCUCUCAGGUUCCAAGAAAGUUCACGAGUGAAGUCGAGGGUAAAAUGGGAUAUGAAGAUUUUGUUUACUUUAUUUUAUCUGAAGAGGAUAAAUCAUCUGAGCCUAGUCUUGAAUACUGGUUUAAGUGCAUAGAUUUGGAUGGAAAUGGGGUGCUGACUAGGAAUGAAUUACAGUUCUUCUAUGAAGAACAGUUGCAUAGGAUGGAAUGCAUGGCUCAAGAGCCUGUUCUUUUUGAGGACGUUUUAUGUCAAAUAGUUGACAUGAUUAAACCACAGGAAGAGGCUUAUUUUACAUUACAAGACUUGAAAGGAAGCAAGCUCUCUGGAAGCACUUUCAAUAUCCUCUUUAACCUUAAUAAGUUCAUGGCCUUUGAAUCCCGUGACCCCUUUCUCAUUCGCCAGGAACGUGAGAAUCCAACAUUGACUGAGUGGGACCGGCCCCAUUUUGACUUCAAUUCCAAACACUACUACUCAUUCAGGAGAAGAUUUAUAAGUUAACUCGGGUUGUAGUAAGUAAAUGGGGUUUUCUAAAAGGGGUUAGUUACUACUUACUACACCAUAACACGAAAUUGACUCGAGUAUUUUUGCAACUUUUAUUUUUAAGCAUUUAUUUUUUUUUCGUUUUAAUUAGUUUGUUUCUUGCUUGAACAAUAGAUGUUUUUUUUAUUUUUUAUGCGGUUAUAAAAUUUGAUCAACAUUUUCUCAAUGGGGAUAGCAGCUUGUUUUUCAAUGUAUGUUACUAUUGAAUUUUAUGUAUGUAAUAUCACGGGUUCGUGUGUGCGUAUGCUAUGCUCCAUUUUUCUCUUAA